UGCUAUGAUUUUAUACCUCUUGUACUGUCUUUGGUACCCAUUGUAAGGAUGGCCGACAGCUGUGACAACAAAUCGAUUGAAAAGAAGUUUUUCGUAUUGCCGAAUUUCGACAGCUGCCUAAAUACCACGCGAGUUAGACAAAAAGCUUUUAUUUAAUAAGUUCGUUCUUUCGUUCCUAUUAAGACAUUGGUUAGCCAAAUACAGGCGGCAUCACGUAUUUCAUAGCAGACAAUAUUAAGAUCUGGGACGAUAUCGCGUUGGUCGAAAGAUGAUCGGUAUACAACUAAGAAGUUAGAUGGCGUCGAUUUCACUGCUGGAUUUUAGGCGCUAUUUAAAAUAGGAUUAUAUUUAUUAAUUUAAAACUCAGAAAACGGUCGUGCCAUUUUUGAUUAUUUUUAUUAUUAUUUUUCUUGGCAUUUCCAAUGGACUUGGACCGCAUUCCGAACAGGCAAAAUUAUGGCUAAGCAGAGAAGACUUUCUAAACACAAAGACAUAACCGAAAACACACUUUUUUGUAGUUCUUGCAAAUGCAUUAGUAUUGCGUAAAUUCCAGACUAUUUUUAAAAUUAAAAGGAAUUAGUAGAUACAGAUUUUAUGUCGUUUUAAUAACGUUUAAAUCUUUUGUAAGCUUGUGAGCUGAGUAACAGGUAUCAGUUAGUCGAGAAAAUAGCACACCAUGUUCUUUUAAAUUAUUUCGGGAUUCCCAAUAUACUAUAAAAAUCCGUAAUAGUACAAAUAUAUUAUAAUUCUUUAAAAUCACUUCACUUAUUAAAUUCGGUAUUUGAACUAAUUUCAUUCAGAUUUGUAAAGCCAAAAUCGUUAUACGCAGUUAUGUUAAUACCAUUACAACAUCUGUACGAAGUAUAAGAGUGUAUUGCUCCAGCCCAUCGUUUGUGCGAAUUUUUGGCAAACAAUAUAGGAAAAUAAUGCAAAAUGUAUAGGAACCAGCUGCGUAAAUUUGCCAAUAAUCGCGUGGAAAUUAACGCCUAUAAAAGCCACUGCCGCCAACCAUCUGCAAUCCAAAAUCUGAAAGUCUAAGAUGAAGGCCACUACUAUUCUAGCCGUCGUUUCCGUGCUCACCGCUUGCCUUUUGAGGAGCAGCGAGGCGGUGACCUGCACCGCCGAUGCCACCGUCACAGGAUGCAUUGACUGCACCACCAGUACAACCGAUCCCGAGUGCGUGGCCGAGGCAGCCGCCGCCACCACCACAACCUCAGCGACGGAGACCACCACUGCGGCCUCCAGUCCAAGCACCUCCUCUGGACGGCGGAAGAUCGUGCGCAUCACCAAUCUGCGCUACAUCAAUGUUCGGCGCAACCGCGUCAACCGGAAUCGCUUGCGGAGCACCACCGUCCGAAAUCAGAGGCGCAGGAACAACUCCAGACGUGUUAACGUGAGGAGGGCCAACGGAAACGUUAUUAUUGUCGGCUAAGAACGUGGAAUUCAAUAAAAUGCUCAACAAGAUAUGGAUUUGACGAAAUAUAUAUUAUUUUAUAUCAAAUUUACUGAAAA